AUGGCAUCCCCAUACGGUCUCACAACGGAGAAAGGACUCAGCGACUUCCUUUCUGCAACCCAGUCAGGACACACCAACGUAAAGUUACUGUCAGGCGGCACCGCAAACUACGUCUACCGGUGUACAAAGGAGGACGGAUCCACAAGCAUCUUCAAGCACGCUGCACCAUACCUCCACAGCAACAAGAACUUUGCCUUUGACCCCACUCGAAUGGACUACGAAGCCAACAUCCUCACACAACUCGCCUCCAAAAGCAAGCCUUUCUUUAACAACCCACCAAGCACAACUGUACACGCCGUCCAACUCCUAAGCUACAACAAGGAGAACAAGCUUCUCGAAAUCGAAGACGGCGGAGCCCGCAACCUCAAAGACGCAUACACAGACCUAGACCUCAACCCCUCACAAAUCGGCCAGCACCUAGCAACCUGGCUCGCAGCACUGCACACUUCCUCUCCCAACACCUCUCUCACGCUCGAAGACCAAGAUAGCAAUGCAAGAAACAGUCCCAUCGGAGUCGCCAUAUACCGCCACUCCUACCGCAACCUGCACCUCGCCCUCGAGCAAUUCGGCCACGACACUCAGCUCGCGCACCGGAUCAACGAGGACUUUGGCAGUCUACUCGCCACAGAUGAUGAGUGCGUGUGUCACGGCGACUUCUGGCCCGGCAACGUGCUCGUACGUAUGACCGAGGCUCAACCCGCCAGUCUCACGGUUGUGGAUUGGGAAAUGGUGCGCAGGGGGACCAGCGCAACGGAUGUUGGGCAAUUCGCUGCAGAGGCGUUUUUGCUCGAUCGGUUUCGAGGCGGGAGAGGCUUGCUUGCGGCGUUUUUGCGUACAUACGUUGCUGAGAGGAAGGAUGGUGAGGCGUUGGGGAAAAUGUGGGUGCGGAGAAUGGUGGUGCAUUGGGCAGUGCAUGUGGCCUUCUGGCCUACCCGUGUCGAAUGGGCAGAUGCAGCUAGUACACAGAAGCUGGUGGAUAUUGGGGUUGGUGUGUUGGAGAAUGUGUUGCAGGAUGAUUGGGAGAAUGUACUGAAGUCGCCGUUGCUGGAGGAUGUCAGAGAUGAUUUUGCGCCGAUUCUAGAAAGAGCAUGA